GUGGGAGUCGCAAAAGGAAAUGGGCAUCAACUGUUUGGGACCAGUAUAAUUGCUUCGACGGUGGCGAGUUCAAUGACAAACGACCAAGAGCUUAUUGCAAAUAUUGCAACCAAGGACCUGUGUUUGCUGAUUCUCAUAAUGGAUGGUAAGGAUUGGUAAUGCAAGUACGCCUCAAGCUCCAACGGAGGAUGAAUGGUCUAAACUUGAGAAGAUAUGUGCACUAUUAAGACCUUUUGAUGCGAUUACCAAACGAUUUUCUGGUAGGAAUUAUCCAACUGCCAAUUUGUAUUUAAUGCAUGUUUGGACAAUCGAGUCUCUCAUAAGGAGUUAUUGUAAUCAUGAGGAUGAGACAUUGAACAGUAUGGGAAAGAAGAUGAAAGAUAAAUUUGACAAGUAUUGGGAAUCUUACAGCAUGAUUCUUUCUUUAGCUGCAAUUUUUGAUCCUCGCUUGAAACUUCAAUAUGUUAAGUUCUGCUUUACGCAACUGGAUGCUAGAAGUGCUGAAUAUAAGACUGAACAAGUGAAAGAAUCUCUCUUCAAGCUCUUUGAAGAGUAUGCCACAAAUGGUAAUGUGCAAGAUAAUGUCCCUGGAGCUAGAUGUGAAAGUAACCACCUUGCUGCAUUUUCGAACUUUGAGAAUUCCUCGUUUCAAGGUAGAACACAACUUGAUGACUAUUUGGGUGAGCAUAAACUAGAUCCUUUGGCAGAAUUGGAUGUUCUUCAAUGGUGGAAAGUUAAUGAAAUAAGGUUUCCACAAGUUGCAAAAAUGGCUAGAGAAUUGUUAAGCAUCCCUAUUACUACCGUUGCAUCUGAGUCGGCUUUUAGCUUAGGAAGUAGGAUAUUAACAAAGUGGAGAGCUUCUUUGUUACCUGAUAAUGCAGAAGUUUUAAUUACAACUCGGAGUUGGCUAAUUGGCUACGAUGUCGAAAAGGGUGACAAUUCUCUUGAUGAUGGUAUUGAGAUUCCUCUUCUUCAAGAUCCUAACAUUGCACCUCAAGAAAUCAGUGAUGAUGAGUAUGGUGAAGACGAGGAGGACUUUUGAGAAAAGUUAUGACUACAUUUGGGAGCAUCUUGUUUUAUUUUGCGUUGUCGGAACUUUGUUUUAUUAAGCUUCACUUGACUCUAUUAGUAACUUUUAGAUUGUAUUUUUAAUUUGAGCAUGGCUUUAUUUGGAAUACUUGUAAGUUGGAACUAAAUUACGAGGACCUUUUCUACUGUGCA